AUGCAUCGAUUUAAAAUAUACAAAAUUCAAAUGUGCAAAUAUGCACUAAUAAAUAAAUGCGAUAGAGGCGAAAACUGUACAUUUGCUCAUGAUAUAAAUGAAUUGAGAAUAAAACCAGAUAUGAGAAAAACAAAAUUAUGCAAAAGUUAUAUUUUAGGAAAAUGUACAGAUCAUAGUUGUAUAUAUGCUCAUUCUGUGAACGAAUUGAGGGAAGUAGGAAAACCAGCAAUUUGUCAGCUCCAUCGAGAAGGGAGAUGUAUAAAGGGAAACCAAUGUAGGUUUGCACAUUCGAUAAAUGAUAUAAACACAAAACUUGUUCAAUUUUAUGAUUGUGAAAAUAAUAUAGUUAGUGAAAUGAAUAGUAUAUCAAAUUGUGAUAACUCUUUAAAUAAUAUAAGUAAAGAAAAGCAAAUAAUGGUUAAUAAUAUGAAAGGAUAUACAAAUAUGAGAAAUAGUAAUUCAAACUUUGAAAUAGAAUGUAAUAUAAUUAAUAAAAAAAAUGAAUUAUUGGAUGUUAUGCUAAUGGAAAACAAUUCUAAUUCAUCAGUUUUAUCAAACAAUCUUGUUAUUAGAAACAUUGUGACAAAAAAUGGACAGAAUAAUGGACAUAACGUAUAUCGAACAAAUUUAAUAAAAACAGGAUCAAAUAAUUUAGGAUCUGAUAUAUAUAUAAAUGAGAAAAAAAACGAUUUUAACAAUCGAAAUGGAAUAAUAAAAGAUACAAAACUAUCAAUAAUAAAUAUUAAUGAUAAUGUAAAAAAUGGAUGUUUUGCAGAGAAUUUAAAAUGUGUUUUGCAAAGUAAUUGUGAAAAUAGUAAUCAUAACGGGAAAAAUAAUCGACGAAAAAAUAAUUUAGUUCCUAUUUGUGUCGAUAAAACUGAAAAUAUAAAUUUUAUGAAUAAUAGAAAUGAAAAAAAUCUAUUAAAUGAUGAGAGUGAUUCAAAAUUAGCAAAUAAUAUUUCUGUUUUAAGACCAUCUCUCAAUUUUCCCAAAAAAUUACAAUUUAAUUAUGGGGAAGAAAAUAUAAUAAAUGAUAAUGUUGGAUUUAAAUAUAAUAAUAUGCAAAAUAUAUCAAAUGGUAAUAUAUUAGAAAGCUAUGAACAUGUGAAGAAUGUGAAUAAUUUGAUAGAUGGGAAUGAUUAUGGUAAAAAAAAUAAUUUGAAUUAUAUGAAUAUAUGUUAUAAUCGUGGCCCAGAUAUGUUUGUAGAAACAAAUCCUAUUGAAUUUGAUGAAAUAAAAAAUGAUCAUAAAAUAAAUACCAAUUUUUUUAGAAAAGAAAAAAGAAAUUUAACUAAAGAUGAGGCAUCGUACUUUCAAUUUGCGAAUAAGAAAAAAGAUAAAACAUAUAAUUACAAAUUAAACAAAUCUUGUAGAAAUGAUUAUUUGUUAAAUAACCGAGAAAAUGUUAUAUAUGAUCUUGAUGGAUAUAUGUCUAGUAGUAGCAUAGAUAAUAAAUAUGAGAAUAGUAUAUGUUUAGAUUCAAAAAAUAAAAAAACAUAUUUAUCAAAUAAUAGAAAUAUAAAUUAUUUUGAAAAAAAAGAUUUAAAAAAUAAUAAUUUAUUUUAUUCAGGAUUUAGAGAAAUGUGUGAAUUUAAUUUGGGGAGUAACAAUGAAGGUAGCAAUACAAAUUGUAUAGAUGCAGUAGUGGGUUCAAUGAGCAUAGGAAAUGAGUUCGAAGUACAUCUAAAAAAUGCGAAUUAUGAAGAUAUUGAUAAAGAAAAAGAACAAUAUGAAUUUGAAAAUAAAUAUAAAAAUGUGGACCCAAACAAGGAUAAUAAAAAUAGUAAAAUGGAAAUAGAUUUUAUAAUGUAUAAAGAAUAUCAAAAUGAAAAAACAGAAAAAAUAUCUAAAGAUAAUGAAGUGAAUAAAACAAAUGAAUUUUUUGGUGAUGGGAAUAUGAGUGAUAAAAUAAAUGGAAAUGAAUUUUUAAAUAGUAAUGAUAAAUAUUUAAACAGGGCUAUACAAAAUGUAUCGGGAGUUUCAACAUCUAAUUUUGUUAAAGGCCGAUUUGAAUAUGCAAAAGAUGAGCAGAUAAAUAACACAGAAUUAGAAAAUUCCAACAGUAAUAUUUCAGAAAAUAAUAUUAAUUCAAGUUUUAAGUUAACAGGAGUUGAUGGUUUUGUCAAGCCUGAACAAGAGGAAAACAAUGGAAUAGAAAAUAUUGGAAAUAUAUCAUAUUUGAAAAUAGAUAAAAUAAAUAAGAUAGAAAAAGGAAUGAUAAGCAAUGAAUGUUUUAAAGAAAAUGUGAUUUAUAAAUUUGGGGAAAAUACAAAUGAAUAUUUAGAUAAUAUUAAAAUGAUUGGAAUAGACGAAAUUAUAAUAGGAAAAAAUAAUUUGGGAAUAAAUAAAAUUAAAAACAAUUUGAUUUAUAGAGAAGAUGAUAAAGAAAAUAGAAAUAAUAGAAAUUAUUAUUUUGAAAAAGAUAAAAUGAUUAAUAAUAUAAAUCCUGAAAAUAAUGGAAAAGAAUAUUUUGAAAAUGAUAUGUAUUUAAAAGUGGAACAAAAAGACACUUUAAAAAAAUAUAGAUUGAAAUAUGAAGAAAGAAAAAUAAUAAAUGAAAAUAAUAAUAUGAAUUAUUAUGAUGGUUUUGAAAUAUAUAUGAAUACAAAUUAUAUGAACAAAAUUCCUAAAACAAAAAACAAUAACACAAUUGUCUCUAAAUUAGUUAAGACAUCAAUGAGCCCACAUAUUAUCCCAUAUAAUAAGAAUAAGAUGAAAACAUUUAACAAUAAUGAUAAUAAUAAUAAUAACAAUAAUGAUAAUAAUGAUAAUAACAAUAAUGAUAAUAAUAAUAAUGAUAAUAAUAAUAAUAAUAAUAAUAAUAAUGAUAAUAAUAAUGAUAACAAUAAUGAUAAUAAUAAUAAUAAUAACAAUAAUGAUAAUAAUAAUAAUAAUAAUAACAAUAAUGAUAAUAAUAAUGAUAACAAUAAUGAUAACAAUAAUGAUAAUAAUAAUAAUGAUAAUAAUAAUAAUAGAAAUAUUAUGAGUUGUUUUAGGGAUGCAACUAAUCCAGUCAAAUCAACCAAUAAAUUGAACAAUUUUGAGAAAAAAAUAGGAAAAGAAAAUGAAAAUAAUUGGGAUUAUAUGAUACAUAAUUUUUCUGAUAAUUAUAGAGAAGACAAAAAAAAAAAAAAAAAAAAUGAAGAAAUAUAUGAAAAUGAAUAUUCAUAUUUAAAAAAAGAAAAUAUAUAUGAACAUUCAGAUAAAUAUGAGAAUUGUUCUAUAGAUAAAAUAAAUAAUGAAAUUGAAAAUAAUAUAUUUGAUUUGAAUUAUGAUGAAAAUAAUAAUUUGAAUAAUAUUAAAAAAUUAACAACAAAUAGUAAAGUCCAAAAUUUUGAUUAUUUGGCAUUUAAUAAAAAUAUCAAAAAAUAUUCCUUGGAAAAUCCAAAUUAUGUUUCAACAUUUAAUUAUUUUAGAGAAAAUGUAAAUUUUGAAAAUAAGCAAAAUGAAAUAAAUAAAGGUGUAAUGACAACAAAUGAUUAUAACAGUUUUUAUGAUAAUAAUAAUGAUAAUAAUAGUAAUAAUAACAAUAAUAAUAUUGGAUCGAAAUCGCUUGGAAUAAAAACAGGUUGUUUUCUAAUUCAAAAUGAAGAAUAUAAUAAAUUGGAUAAAAAAUUCGAAAUUGUAAAUAAUAGAAAAGAAAAAAUGAAUGGAAGUAUUAUAAAAGGGAUUUUAUCAAAUUUCAAGGGAACCGGUAAUGAGGUUUUAAAUUCAGGAAAAGACAUAUUCAUAGAUAAUAAAAAUAAAAAUGUAAACCAAUUAAAUAAUAUAGAAAUAAAAAAUAUUUCCACAACUUUAACUCCAAAUAUAUAUGAAAAAGAUAAUGAAUGUUCUGAUUUUAUUUAUAAUUCUGGAGAAGGGAUAUAUGAUAAUGAAAUAUUUUCGACUAAUUGUCUUUUCGAAGCGCAAAGAUAUUUUGAUUUGCCAUGUAUUUAUAAACAAAACGAAAUAGAAAAUAUGAUUACUCACGAUAAUGAUAUUCACAAUAGUAAUAGUAAAUAUGACCUUUACAUGGAUUAUAAACAGUAUAAUUACAAAAAUAAGACAAAUAAACAAGAAAAUAAUAGUAGUUUUAGGGAUAAUGUUAAUAAAAAUGAUGAAAUAUUUUAUGGUUAUAUGAAUCAGGAAUAUAAUAUGUUAUUAGAAAAUGACAAUGAUGUUGAAAAUAUAAUGAUAAAUACAAAUUGUUUGAAUAAUUUGAGUAAUGCUUAUCAGAAUAAUAUUCAUAAUGGUAGCGAUUUCUGGGAACAGUCGCAUCUUUUUAAUUAUGGAAAUACAAAUGAUGGAAACAUAAAUGAAACGAAUAAUACCAAAGACAUUCAUUUUGAUAAUAAUUUUUUUUUUGAAAAUAAUGAUUUUCCUUUGGAUAAUGAGGAAUAUCCCAUAAAUUUUUGUGGAGACAUGGUUUUUAAUUUUGCAAAGAAUGCCGAAUAG